CUACUCCCUGAUGGUGGGGUUUUUGCUCCGGUGUGAGGAGUUGGGCUACAGGCCGACAACGGCCUUAUUCAUGAAUUUGUACCAGAUCGGCCGAGGAAGUCACAAGAACUGUGCGGCCUAUGCUACUCUUCAGCAGCUGCCGAAGAAGAGGAGUUUCACGGAUUUGCCUACGUCCAUUCAUGGGUGGAAGAGCAAGUUCGUGUUUGUGUCCAUUGGUGAGAGUGGCACCGAGUUUCCCUCCCUCGGCCAUACCGGGAGGUUUAACCUGCACGACCCGCCGAAGAGCUCUAUUCUGGACGCUCAGGUGGAGGCUUUCUUGGAAGGGGGCCAAGGAGCGUGAAGGAUUACAUCACUGAAUACAAGAUGGCCGCCCUCGGCUUCGUGAGGUACUAUGUCUAUGGUGACAAGGAGGAUGACCUCCAACUCUGGCCGAGGAUGACCACCACUUUUGAGGAGGCCGACGGCCCGGACUUGGGCAUUCCUGCUGAGGCCGAUGAUUUUGUCAUGGACCGUCGUUCCAUGAUGGCUAUUGCCAAGGCCAAAGCGGCCGAGGAGAUUGCUGCUAAGGCGGCCGAAGCGGCCAGACGUGCCGCGGCCGGUGGGAGCGGGGCUACUGCUGAUGCGGCCCCAAAGCCUGCUCCAUCGAAGAAGAAAAGGCCGGCCACUGACGGCCAAAAAAAGUUAACUGAGGCCGGCGUGAGCGUCUCGAAGAAGAUGAAGAGGGCUCCUUCCCCUUCUCCGGCUACUGAGGCCGGUACUCUGACUGUCCCCAUCGUGGACGAUGGUGGUCCCGUCGUGGACCUUACUGUUGCUGACGAUGCUGCCUCAGCGCUUCCUCUCGUCCAGGAACCACAGACGAAGAGGGUCGGCAAGGAGAUUGUCGGUGCCACCUACCAGAAGGUGGUAGAAUACCCCGUCGGCGGGGGCGUGUUUAAUGAUCUCGUCCCUGGCCACGUCGUCCUGGCCCAGGCCAUGCCGGCCAAAGAUCGGGCUUACUUGAAGAAGCUCGGGGACGAGAAGAUUUACGAGGGCGGCAUGGACCUCUUCGUCCAAAGUGCCUUUAUGCUUAUGGAAAGCCAUAAGAGGCAGUAUUGGGAGAUAGCUCGCUUGAAAGGGCUGGAGCAGAAGGCUGCCUCGGCCGACGAGGCGGUAGCUUGCCUUGAUCGGCUCCGGGAGGAUGCCAAGGCGUUGCAGGCAAAGGCUGAUGAAGCCGCCGCGGCCAGGGACGAUGCCCUGUCCAAGCUCGAGGAGAGCAAAAGGGAGCUCGAGGAGUCCCAAAGGGCGCUUGAGGCCGAGAAGCGCAAGAGCGAGGAGGCCGUUAAGGCGAAAGCUGAGGCCGAGGCCGCCGCUGUGAGGGCUGCCGACGAGGCCGUUGAGAAGUUCCUGGCCGAGGGGUGGAAGGCCGAUGAGAGGCUUCCCUGGUGCUACGAGGUGGUGGCCGCCAAGCUUGAGAGUUAGGGGAUGAACUCCCCCGCCGGCCGGGAGUAUUUCAGCCGAGAGAUGUCUGUGUAUUAUAACCUGGGCCAGGAGCGGAUGCAAAGGCUCCUGUGUCGGCGGCUAUCCCGGGCGUUGAAGGCCAUGAAUUACACGUCUGGGUGGGCUAGACGGAACCUGAAGCUGCCGAAGCUGAUGAAGGAUCCAGAAGAGCAGGCCAAGCUUCCGCUGUCGGAGCGAGAGUCCCCCAUAGAAAGCUUCGGCCUUGGCGAGCCGGAUUAUACUGAAUUUGAUUUCUUAGACGAUGCCACCAGCGCCGCAGCCGCUGCCGGCCAAGAAGCUGAGGCCGAUGAGGGAGCUGAUGAGGUUGAAGAGCCAGCCGCGGAUGAAGGUGCCCCAGAGGCUUGACCGGCUACUCCCUGCUCCUUUGUAAUUUGCUUUUCAUUUCUUUGUCUAACUGAUGUAAUGGCCGAAGCGCCCCCCAUCGUAAUGAAUUGAUUAAAUGAAAGAAUUUUUGCCAUCCUUCUCGGCUUUGAAUCCAUUGUAUG